AGGCUGCAUUUUUCGUGUUUCCCAAAUGGAAUUCAAUUUAGACGAUCCUCUCGGUGAUAUUUUGAGUGAAGGCAGUAAUGAUAGUUUCUUCGAAUCGGGCGGAAAAGCUAAGCCACAACCGGCGAAGCAAUCAACGCCAAAACCGGCAACUUCGACUGGGAAGUUCGACGAUUUAUUCGGGAUAUCUUCCACGCCUAUGCAGCCCAAAGAGCCUAAGACAUCUGAACCGGUAGCAGCGAAACGUUCGGAUCCCCCGAAAGUAACACAAGCGCCCCCAGUGAAAACUGCAAGCGUUUUUAACGACGACGAUCUGAUUUCAGACCUGGGCUUCGAUCCUAAAAAGCCAAAAUCAGCAAAAUCGAAUAUUCUAGAUGAUAUCCUUGGGCCUAUGGAAACGAAAAAACCCACAACUAAUUUACCACAAAGGCCGCAAACCAGCGGAGGUACAUUGAAGGAUGAAACCAAAAUUUUCUCACGUCAGUCAACUGAAACUACCGAAAGCACUGUGGCCGGGACUAGCAUCCUUUCGAACUCAAGGCCUAAGACCGCGGUAGGUCAGCGACAAUCUGUUGCUUCUUCUAACGACCCUUUAGGUUUAUUUGCACCGACUGUUAAAGAAACUUCCGUGGCUAAAGAAAGUCGGGAGACUCCAAAGCCAUCUAGGCGCAAAGCAACUGCAGCAGACUGGCUAGGGUUGGAACCCGAAACGAAACCCGAAAAGGAGCCACCAGUACCUGAUCAACCGAAAGAGCAGCCACCACCGCCACAACCGCAGGUCCUUCAGGUUCACGACAUCCCACCAGCUCCAUCACAACUUCCUAUUCCACAACCUAUGCUUCAAACAUUCAACCCAGCUUCGAACACCCUCCUCCUGGCUGCAUCAAAUCUAGAAUCUCAAAAUGCACUUCAGGCCCUCCAACAACAAGAAGCUCAAGUUAUGUUGGCGACUCAAAUGAAAAAUCAGGAAACAGCCCUCCUUGAAAUGCAACAGAGGCAGCAGCAACUUCUGGUUGCGCAGGAGGCGCAGUUCAAUAACUUAGUUCAGAAGCAAUUGACCCGUCAAAAUCAAUUGGAGGCGACUAUUCGGGCACAACAAGAAAGGAUCAAUGCACACAUUCAAAUGUUAAUGAGUCAACCGCAAAUGGUACCUGUAAUUUCGGAUGCCGCCGGGGACCUUAUCGUGGGCAAGAAGCCAAAGGAAAAUCAGGAAAAACUGGAGGAAGUUGAACUGGAGGCUGAUGUGAAACGCUUAGAGCUAGAGAAGUUGAGAUUGGAGGAUCUUAUUUCGAAUGUGAAUGCAAAUCAUGAGAAGGAAAUUGAAUUUAUGGAGAACUCGCACAGGAAGCAAAUUCAAGUACUGGAGGAGAAUUACCAAAAUGCUGAAAAUCGUCUCAAAGACGAAAUAAAAAACAUUCAAGAGCACUACAGUAAAAAACUGGAUAUGCUGGAAUCUGAAAAGAAAGACAUCAUAGCGGGCUAUGAAACCAAACUUAAAGACGCUGCCAACGAAUAUGAAGAUAACUUGAAGAAGCUGAAAGAAAAUUAUAAAUCGGAAAUUGAUACCUUAAGAGCAGAACACAAGACUAUGAUCGAGAAUAUAAGACAAUCAAAACUGUUGGAAUUCGCGGUGGUGCAAGACAACACUUCAUAUUUGCAAACGUUAAAAAGUGCAUCUAGUAAUCUAGAAAACGUCUCCGGUGACCUGCAAACGUUAAGAGAUGAACUUUAUUCUAGGAUCGAAAUAGCUCACAAGGAGAGGGAUGCCAAGUUGGAAUCCAGGGAAAGGGCCAUUGAAGACAAGGAACGCCAUUUGAAAAUAAUCGAAGAAACUGCAGAGCAGGAGCGGAACCGCCUCAUGGGUUUAGUCGCAACUUUAGAAACUCAACUCAGCAAACUCACGAAAGAAACGUCGGAAGAACAAUGGGCUCUUAGGCAGAAAAUAUCUACUCUUGAAGUGGAGCGAUCCUCGUUCGAAAAAGAAAAGCAAUUUGCCAAAGAACAACUUCAACGCGAAGAAAAACAUAUCGAGGAUUUAAAACAGUAUCAGCUGGAAGAACACCAACGCCUAACGCAACAAAUUCAGGAUGAAAAGCAGCUCAUCACUGUUGAAAGAGCCAAGCUGGAAGCAGCUAAGAAACUCCAGGCGAUUUCCAAUACUGAUCAAUUAAAAUGCGAAGCCGAGGCCGCUUUGAAAGUAGCUCAGGAUGCGGCUCGCCAAGCGGAUCAAGAAAGAGAGAGAUAUCUCAACAUGCAACGCCAAUUGGAGACCCUUAAACGGGAACUAGUUGACGAACAAAACACUGUGCGUCAAAAACAGGACGAAUUGGAAUCCUCAACUUACUCCGUAAAGGGAAAAGAACGUAGCGUACAAGAAGCACUAUAUAGGGCGCGUCAAGCUGAACAGAAUUUCAAUGCCAAAGUCCAAGUACUUCAAGCUCAGAUUCGUCAAACUGUACAGAGAGAAGCCCAACUGUCUCAGGAUCGCGUCGACCUAUCUCGACAACGCUUUGAAUUACAGGAAAUCAAAAAAAGACUGGAAACGACAAAGUGCAGUUUAUGUCGAAUUGGGGAGAAAAAUAAUGAAAUUUCUCAGAUUCUAACACGAGACAAAAACGAUGGAAUUCCCAUCAACCCUGUUCCUGCCGUAACGACGACUGCUUUUAAUUAUGGAUAUUUAGGAUACCCACAAAGUGCCAUUGAUCAUCUUUUUGAUGAUGAUUUAGCAGAAUGUUUGAGAAGGAUGCAAACGAAGGAUAGGGGAGCCAACUUAACAGCAGAUUUUGACUAUGCUUCUCAUGACCAAUUGCCUCAAGGGAUGGUCGCAGGAGGCUCUCACACUGUGCCAACACAAACAUUGGAAUCAGAUUUAUUGGAGGCGACUUUGGACGCUCAACAGGCGUUGUGAGAUUAAAGGGAUAUAAAGGAUUGUUUUGGUUAAUGUUUUAUAAUAAACAUUUUU